AUGAAAGCCUUCUUCGUUACUCUUGUUGCUCUACCUGCCGUUCUGGCUGCCACUCUGCCCUCCUCCCAGGCAUCAGAGUUCCCUAUCCAGAGCCAAGAGUGUACCUGUCAGAAUGCCGCUGGGGCAACCAGGGCUUCUGGACUCUGCCAGCUUAUGAGAGGCUCACUCCGUGGCCCAGGCGAGUGGUGCUUCACAGGUACCUCAAGCACCCCUGCCAUGAACACGAUCUUCAACAACGAGAAGUGCGCGCAGCCGUGGGGUUCUGAGUGGAGCAAGGGUGUUUGCAGGUCUGUCUCGCUCUGCCAGGGCGCAGGUGGCCCCAGCUACUACAAGAUUUGCUAA